AUGCCUACUAUCCAGGUGUCGCCAGAUGCAGAUGAGCUGCUACAGAGUGUCGCCAAUGGAAUUUUGAAGUCGAGAAAGAUCAUUGUUGUGACUGGCGCCGGCAUCAGUACCAACUCUGGAAUCCCCGACUUCCGAUCCGAAAAUGGCCUAUACGCACUCAUCCAAGCGCAGUUCGACGCUGCGAACAAGGAUCCCGCUUCCCCGACUGCCCUGACACGAUCAAACUCUAGCACCUCUGUCGGGUUGACGGAGUUGCAGGAGGAUGGCCCUCCAACGAAGAGACGCAAGCUUGAGCAAACCGACGAUACUGUGCGGCAAGCUUCGCCUGGCGCUGUUUCCUCGCGAACGCAGGAUGAUCAAGUUGAAUGCUUGAGGAAUGGAGAUUAUGUCAAAACCGAAAGCCUACGUGCUGAGGAGCCUAUGCCCGGUCAAAUGACUGAACAUCAUGGCAACAUCGCCGAAAUCAGACCAGCACCCGCGGACGGCGCAUAUGUUGCCUCAUCACCCAGCCCUUCAGACGAGCAGCACGAGGGCAGCAUCACUCUCGCCUUCUUUGAAGCCGCACCACGAUGCCAACUGUGGGCGCUCAGAAUCGCCCGAGAGGAAAGGGGCAAAAGAGCUCUUGGUGUGGGUAAGCUCCGACCUGACAUUGUUCUUUAUGGCGAAGAGCACCCCAACGCGCACCUGAUCGACCCCCUCGUCAAGCAUGACCUCGCCCUUUAUCCGGAUUCCUUGCUGAUUCUCGGCACGUCGCUCAAGGUACAUGGUCUGAAGGUUCUCGUCCGCGAGUUCGCAAAAUCGGUACACAGCAAGGGAGGCAAGGUCAUAUUUGUCAAUUUCACCAAGCCGUCGGAGAGCUCUUGGGGUGACAUCAUUGACUAUUGGAUCCAGUGGGACUGCGAUGCCUGGGUAUCGAAUCUUCAAGAAAGAGUCCCUUUGUUGUGGCUGCCACCAGGAACCAAGCUUCCGGUGCCUGGCAAGAAGAAACGCGAGAGUACUGGUGAGACCAAGGCUGCAAAGAGGCGGUCUAGUGGCGAUGUUGGCAAACCAGUAGACACGGGUGAUUCAAUCAUGCCGGACAUAAAAGACACGGACGAGGACCCUCAUCAUGAUCCUCUUGGCCACCUGGAACAAACCUCCAAGACAGCUGCGCCACGACGACCGCAGAACGCCCCUGCCGGACAUGGCAAGAACAGCGGCUUCGCACAGAACCUUGUUGCCGUCGUCAGCAUCAUGUUCUGCGUUGCCCUCGACUACCAUCCUGUCCCGAACGCCUCUGCCCACUGA